GCGGGGUCUGAGGAGACAGAGAGAGAGAGAGAGAAGGAGAGAAAACCCCGACUCUCCUCCUGCUGCUGCACGGACAAAAGGAGAAGAAGAAGGACGGAGAGACAGACAGACACAGAGAGACAGACAGAGCGGAGGACAGACGGACGGACAGCCGGGGAGGAUGGGCCGGCGAAGCGGCCGUCGGUAGCGCUCUGUUUUCGGGGACGGAGCUCCAGGAUGAGCGUAGCGCUGCAGGACCUCCGGAACACCAUGUCCAGCUAUAAGAGAGCUACGUUGGAGGAGGAGGAAGUGUCGGACACUCCAGCUGAGGCAGCCUCGUCUCCUGACAGAAUGGAGGUGGGUUUCAGGAAGGGAGGUGUGGACAUUCUGGGCAGGAGGACUCAGCUGGAGGUUCUGCUGUCAGUCCUGCUACUGGCUGCCCUGCUGGCUCUGCUGGCCUGUCUGCUGGUCCUGGGCCUAGGAUUCAGCUCAGACAGUGGCCGUGGCUUGUGCCUGUCGGAGUCGUGUGUCACUGUGGCGAGUCAGAUGGUUGAGGCGAUGGACCGUAGCACCGACCCGUGCCAUGACUUCUACCAGUUCGCCUGCGGAGGCUGGAUGAGGAAAAACCCGCUGCCUGACGGACGAUCCCGCUGGUCCACGUUCAACAGCAUCUGGGAGCAGAACCAGGCACUGCUCAAACACCUGCUGGAGAACGGGACUUUUAACGGCAGCAGCGAGGCGGAGAGGAAGACUCAGUCCUACUACCUGUCCUGUCUCAACACACAGAGGAUCGAAGAGCUGGGAGCUCAGCCUCUCAUGGACCUCAUCGCCAAGAUCGGUGGCUGGAACAUGACGGGUCCCUGGGAGAAGGAGAACUUUAUGGAGGUUCUGAAGGUGGUUUCUGGUCCGUACAGAGCUCAACCUUUCUUCAGUGUCGGAGUCAGUGCUGAUCCCAAAAAUUCCAACAGCAACGUCAUCCAGGUGGACCAGUCAGGGCUCUUUCUGCCAUCCAGGGACUAUUACCUCAACAAGACAGCCAAUGAGAAGGUGUUGGUGGCGUACCUGAACUACAUGGUGGAGCUGGGGAUGCUGCUGGGGGGAGAGAAGAGCUCCACUGAGCUUCAGAUGCAGCAGAUUCUGGAGUUUGAGACGGCGCUCGCCAACAUCACGGUCCCACAGGACCAACGGCGAGACGAGGAGAAGAUCUACCACAAGGUCACCAUCGCUGAAUUACAGCUGCUGGCUCCGGCCGUGGACUGGUUAGACUACCUGCUGUCCUCUCUGUCUCCUCUGGAGCUGAACGACACCGAACCUGUCGUCCUGUACGCCAGAGAGUACCUGCAGCAGGUGUCUGACCUCAUCAACAAGACCGACCGCAGUCUGUUGAAUAACUACAUGAUGUGGACGUUGGUUCAGAAGAGUGUGGCCAGUUUGGAUCAACGCUUCGAGAACGCUCAGGACAAACUGCUGGAGAGUCUCUACGGGACCAAGAAGCAGUCCUGCACCCCCCGCUGGCAGACUUGUAUCGGGAACACUGACGACACUCUAGGCUUCGCUCUGGGAGCGCUGUUCGUCAAGGCGACCUUCGACAAACACAGCAAAGAGAUCGCCGAGGAGAUGAUUAAUGAGAUCCGCUCGGCGUUUAAAGAAGCUCUGGACCGACUCAGCUGGAUGGACGACCACACGAGACAGGCCGCUAAAGACAAGGCAGAUGCGAUCUACGAUAUGAUCGGUUUCCCAGAAUUCAUCCUGGACCCCAAAGAGCUGGACGACGUUUAUGACGGGUAUGAAGUAUCAGACGACAGCUUCUUCCAGAACAUGCUGAACUUCUACAACUUCUCAUCCCGAGUGAUGGCCGACCAGCUGAGGAAGACUCCCAACAAAGACCAGUGGAGUAUGACUCCUCCUACAGUUAAUGCCUACUACAUGCCCACUAAGAACGGCAUCGUCUUCCCUGCUGGGAUCCUACAAGCUCCCUUCUACGCCCACGACCAUCCCAAGGCGUUGAACUUUGGUGGGAUCGGGGUGGUGAUGGGGCACGAGCUCACCCACGCCUUCGAUGAUCAGGGUCGUGAGUAUGAUAAAGAAGGUAACUUGAGGCCGUGGUGGCAGAACUCGUCAGUGGAGGCGUUUCGUCAGAGAACAGAGUGUAUGGUGGAUCAGUACAGCCGCUACCUUGUCAACGGAGAACACGUCAAUGGAAAACAGACGCUCGGAGAAAACAUCGCCGACAACGGAGGACUGAAGGCUGCAUACCAUGCCUAUCGUUCGUGGGUCAAGAAGAGCGGAGAGGAGAAGAGACUUCCUGCUGUCAACCUGACCAAUGAUCAGCUCUUCUUUGUGGGAUUUGCUCAGGUGUGGUGUUCAGUUCGAACACCAGAGAGUGCUCAUGAGGGCCUGGUGACCGACCCCCACAGCCCCCCACGAUACAGAGUCAUCGGCACGCUCGCCAACUCUCCAGAUUUCAGCCGCCACUUCAACUGUCCUGCAGGGACGCCCAUGAACACCGGGAGGCGCUGCGAGGUCUGGUAGACAGACUUAAGAGGAUGGGUGGGAGGGGGUGUCAGUGUUAAUUAGGUCAGUCCGUUAAUUAACAGGUCAGUAUGUUAGUUAGGAAACUUGUCUGUUAUUCAGCAAAAAAAUAUUUAGUUUGUUAACAAGUCAGAUUGUUAACUGACAGGUGAGUUUCUUAAUUAACUGGCUGGUUAGUGUCUUAAUUAGAGGAUUUUGGUCUGUUAAUUAUCAGAAGUUUAUCUGGAGGUUAUUAGGAGGUGAUCGGGUGUUAGAGGUGUUGCAGGUGUAAUCUUCAGUUUCAUACAGUUAAUAUAAAUCUGUUAAUUAAAGACGAUCAGACUGACUUCCUGUCUGGAAACUAAACGGACUCAGUGGACUUCACACAGAGCGAUGAAGGACUGAUGAUGAUGAAGAUGGUGAUGAAGCCACAUGGGACGAUGUUGCUGAUUUCUGCUUUAUCACCGUUAUUGAUGAUUAUUAUUAUUAUUAUGAUUAAUGGGCUUUAGUUCGUAUGUGUGCUGCUCUGUUACUCUCUCUCUCCCUGAUGACAUCACUGUGAUGACCUCAUACAAAGUUGAACUAUUACAUCAUCAGUCAUGGCCAUGUGUGUACAGAUCACUCAGUUAUCAGAGUAGGCUGUCAUCUGAUUAAUUUUUCAAUUAAGGGCCUUUUUAAGGUGCCAAUUUUGGGGUUCAAGCCACAUUCAUUAAUCAAUAAAUUAUUGGAUUAUGAUAUAUAAAGUAUAUAAUUAAUGGAUUUUAUGGGGUUUUAAGGAGUAAAAACACCCUAAAAUUGACCAAAUAACAUGAAAGCUAUCUUUGAAUUUUCAUCUUAAUUGAAAAGUUAAAGGCCAUUUUAAGGUAUGAAUUAAAGCUUUCUUGUUAUUUGGUAUAUUUUAACUUUUUAUCCCUUAAAGGUUCUUAAACCAUGUGGAUAAUCGACUCUACAAUCCAAUUAAUCAAUUAAUUAUCCCCUUAACGUCCAUUAAAAAUGACCUUAAUUACGUCAGUAUUAAAGCGUGAAUUAAUGGAAUUUAAAGUAGAAGUGACGGGACGUCAGUGAAAGAAUGAAACCUGUUGUUCAGUCGGUCGUCUUAAACGUUAAACCACUCCACGCGUCAACAACGCUCAGUAACCACUAACCGCCAUGCUGGUGUUGUCAUGGUAACCGAAGCACAGCCUCUCUUCCACAACAAACUGUGGAGCUUUUAAGAAUAAAUACUAUAAAAAUAAAAAUAUUAUAAAACUGAAUUUGACAUAUUUCCUUAAAAGUUUAGAAAAACACCUUAACAUUUUUUAAUUAUCAAUUAAAAAUCCUAUUAAUUAAUCCUUAAUUUAGAAAUUUUUCAAUUUAGGUGCAAAUUCAAAUAUUUUGGGUUAAUUAAUGGGUAAAAAAAAUAAAUCAGGUUUUAUUGGAUUAUGGGUCCUGUGUAAAAUUUAAAUUAAAACCAUCCCUGAACUUUUACCUUAAUAAUUUGGGCCAUUUUAAGGUAAAUUAAGAAAGGGUACCUGAAAAUAACCCAUUAAAUAUGCCUAAAUAUAUUACAACCCAUUAAUUUAUCUGUUAAUUAUCACCUAGAACCCUUUAGAAAUACCUUAAUUAAAUCAUUAUUAUCUGCAAUUUUAAAGUACAAAUUAAGGGAUUUCGCCUCACGAUGUAAAUGUUGUUGUUCAGUCGGUCGUUCUGUACACUUCAAACCACUCAACACGUCAGCACCCUGUAACCACUAACCACUAACCACUGUGUGUUGUCAUGGUAACCGAUACAGAGCCUCGGAAACCUGUAGAGUUCAGUGUUAAUUGACAUCAGUGGCUUCAACAGUGAGAAAGAAACAAGCGCCUUAAAAAGAAAUUUAGAUUUUAUUAUGAAACUGACUUUGGAAUCUUGCCUUAAAAUUUCAAAUGAACGCCUUAAAAAAAGUAAAACGAUCAGCUGUUUGCUGAGCUCGAGUCAGUCUGAAUUUUACAGUGUAAAGUCACAGGUGAGUCUCCCAGGUCUCUGCAGCAUCAAACACCUUCUUUCCUCAAGCUGAGAUCACAGCUGUGGGGCGUUCAGGGACCGUUCGACAGGUUCUGCUUUUAUUCUGCGCAGUGACGUUAAUAAGUUAAAUAGUUAACUAAAUAAAUAAAAAAUAGUUUUAUCUUUCACUGAAGUCCCAAAUUGAACUUUUAGCAGUUUGCUAAACACAGACAAUGAACAACACACGACUCCCUUAGUGCGAGAGUCUCGAGUGGAGACAGCUGGACUCGUGAUGAAAAUAUAAUAUGGAGAAACAUUAUAUAUUAUAUAAAGUAUAUAACGUAUAAUACUGAGUGUUAGAAGUUACAUCGCAGAUUAAACCAUCAGUUUUACAAACGAACAUUAGUUUAUUUUAAAGACAUGUUACCUCAACUUCAUUACCCAUAAUCCCUUAGUGUCACGGUUCAGCGCAGGCACCUGACUCUGACAGCAGGUGGCGCUGUCGGGCUGCUCACCUGGACUCAAGCAACUGAAACAGAUUAAAGUUGGUUUCUCACAACACUACACACUGUAUGCUGUCAAUCUGUGUGUGUGUGUGUGUGUGUGUGUUUGCUUCACCUCCUGAUGACAUCACUGUCCUAAUGACGUCACCGUCCAAUCCCAUGCAGCUCCUGUGUGUGCCGUUGUUUGUUCAGCAGAAGAAGAAGCUGCUUCCUGCCAAAGACGUUUCUGUGUGUGCGUUUGUGUGUGUGUGUGUGUGUGUGUGAUGUACGUCUAUCUUUGUGAGGACCGAGUUCUACUUUAAACCAUUGUAGCGAGGACUUCUCUGAACGUUUUGGCCAGUCCUCACUACCUCAAAGGGUUACAGGUUCAGGUUAGAACCAGGUUUAGGUUCGGUUCGGGGUUGGGGAACGCAUUAUGUCAAUGAGGGUCCUCACAAGAAUAGAAGUAUAAAUGUGUGUGUGUGUCAGGGGUCUCAGCUGUGUAACAAUGUGUGUGUACAGUAGAUGACAGUAGAUCUGAUGUAGAAUAAAACUGUCUGUGUCCUGAAGGGGGCGUCACCCAUCUGCUCGUCCAAUCAGAGUGCGGCGUUACAAACAGCCGCUGUCACGGAUCUGAUGGAGGUGCAGAUAAACAGAAACAUAAUAAACACUGAACAUGAUGAAA